AUGGGUGUUACAGGAGGACUAGUGAGAAGCAUUUUCUUCAGAAACAAGUCAUUUGAGGCUAAUGACUACAACAAUGGAAGAAGCAAUCUAGGAGAGAAGAAAAGAUGGAGCUCGGUUAGAUCAUUCCUUUGCGGAGAUGAAUUCAACUCUGUACUCGCUGUGGAUGAUUCAGGAUCGAUAAAAUAUUCUGAUACUCUUCUUACAAUGUCUCAGCAACUGAGUUCUGAUUCGGUUUUACCUUCUGACUCGGUCUGCGCGAUUGAAGAUUCGGCUUCUGUGAAACAACAUUUUGAGGAGGAGGAGGGCUCUGUUUCUGUUAAGAGCUCAGAGGCAACAGUGACUCAGCCUUUACUGGAUAGUUAUAUAAAAGAAGAUGUUGAUAACCAAAGCGAAACAACCGAGACGCAUAUACCAAAGAAGCAUCAGACUACUCCAAUCUCAAAGUUGUUCCUCGAAGAAGACGCUGCAGUCAUAAUUCAGUCAGCAUUCAGGAGUUACCUGGCAAUACGUCGAAGCAAAGAAGUUGAAAAGGCGUUUGUUGUUAAGGACGAGAGCUUCUCCGGAGAGGAAUCUCCAGGCAAAGUAUCCAUGGGGACAUCACUAGAAGUUCAGUCAGGUAAUUCCGUGAAAGCACCGUUUUCUAGGAGAAAACGGGUAUCUGCAAAUCGACGAUCACUACAAAAGAACAGUACUCAAGUUCUGAGGAUAAAGGAAGACUGGGAUGAUAGCACAGUGAGCAGUACCAUAUCAAAACUGAGGAUUCAAAACCGAAUGGAAGCAAUGACGAAGCGGGAGAGAGCACUUGCUUAUGCAUUUUCACAGCAGCUAAGAAUUUGCUCAAAGAAGAAGCAAAUAGAUCGCACCAGUGAAGAUGAAUCUAACAUCGGUUGGAGUUGGCUAGAACGCUGGAUGGCAACUCGUGUACCAGACAGCAUUUCGAUUGAACCGAGAACAAACAUUCAGACAGAUGUGGCAAACAAAAAUCAAAGACUGGUAAUAAAGAAUAGAUCUUAUGGUAUAGCUGGCGAGUUGGAGAGCUGUGCUUCCAACGAUCUACCUUUCCAAUUUGGAAGCAUAUCAGAGACAGUAGAAGAGGAUAAUGAAGAUUCGAAAACCGAAAAGAGCGGUAAUAAAGCGAGCAUAUCAAAGCGCAAAUCUGUUCCAAGCAACAAAAACCAGAGAAGGCAUAACAGGCUUCAGGCAACGAAAAGAGAUCUGCAACAACAGACAAAGAAAGCUAAGAAGGCCAAGAUCGCACCCUCAAGCUGCAAAAUGGGAAACAAACGCGAGGAAACAUCACAGAAGUUAUAUAGCAGCAGCGGAGAUUAUCUUUACCUGUAA